CAGGUGUAUAAACUUCUGGUCCGCGGAUGAAGCAGUAAGCAUGGUUGAUGUAAACCAGUUCUAUGCUGAGGCUCCGAAAGAAAUCUCACAGCCCGAGAAAACGAAAGAUGAUCUGCACCAGCAGAGGUUAGCCCGGUUAGCCUGGGAGCUAGAGACUAGAAAGAAGUUAGACGCAGAAGCUCAGGAGCUGGAGGACGCCAAGAACCAGGUGGACACCCAGGUCCUCAAUAAGGAGGAGAAGGUCAAGGAUCUCGGUAAACAGCUCGGCAAAAUACUUAAAGCCACCAGACCGGUUCAAGAGGCCUUGAAUCUCAAACUGGACCUGGAGAGAGCUCAGAAAGGAUUAUCCGUCCUUCUACCAGAACCCCUCUAUAUCCUCUUCUCUCAGGCGGAUGCGUAUGCUAGGGGGUUGGAUUCUCUCUUGAAUGUUGAGAUCCAGGGAGAUUUCAACAAAGCCAAGAAGUUUAGAAUGGAUGUAGACGAUGAGGAUGAGGAAGAAACGGUGAACAAGAAGAAUAAGAUAUUUAGAGUUCAUCCUCUCUCAGUUGUUCUGAAAAUCAAAACUAAGGAUGACGAUGAGAUAGAUGUGACCUUCACCUACCUGGUCCAUCUAGAGAUAGUAACAGUCCAAGGCAGAGUUAUCCUCAAGCAUUUAUCAGCCUCAGCUGAUAUAUUAGAGGCUAGCAGUUUACUGACCCAGUUGUAUGAAGAAGAUGAUGGUUCACAGUCUCCUAAUCUUAAGAACGAAUAUCAACUCAAGGAAGCCGGUAUAAGUGGUGAUGUGGGUCCUAUGCUUCGUAAAACCGGAUUCCCCUUUGUCUGGGCGCAGAGACUUGCAGGAUUAAACUUCCUUGCCUCGAGUGGACCUGACAAAGGUAUUUCAUUCCUCAAUAUGCAGAAGACAGUUCAGAAGAUAAGAGAAAGGUUUGAGAGUAGGAUUAGUUUACAUGAACAAAUAGAACUCCUGGAGCAACCUAAAGGAUUUAAACCGGAUUCUAUUCCCCAGGAAAUCAUCCAGUUAUUUCCACUCAAAGUUUCGACGAAGUUAAAGUCCUGGAGUAGUAUUACAUGGGAGAAAUAUUGUCAGUUUGCUGAAACCUCAUCAGUUUGUGAGUCUGGUAGUGUGGAUUCAUCAGACUGUCUUUUCAAGCUGGUUCUCAACAGAGGUGUAGCUAGUCUAACUGGACUAGUCUGUAUAAAACCUGACUAUCCAAUGAGCUUGCCAGUAUUCUGUUUAUCCCUGCAGUGGAAGGACAAGUGGACGGCAGCUAACAAUGAAUGGAUCAG